AAAGGAUUUCCAGUGAAGGCCAGGGAUGGGUGGAUAUGGGCGAUAGUCCAGUUUUCGGCACCGACAGUUCCAAUUACAUCACAAUUGCUCCAGUUCGAGAUGGACCAGCUGGCACGUUCCGACAUGCCGUUUCUGUGAACAUUCCGAAAAAACGCACCAUUCCACUCACCCAUGGGCGGUUUGAGGUCCAGCGGAUUCUCACAUGGGACCAUUCAAAUGAUGUGAUCUACUUUCUGGGGGUUCCCGAAGGGAAACCAGGCGAGUUACAUCUCUAUAGAGUGUCGUCCGUCCCUCCUCGGACUGGAGCGACUUUGCCACCGCCCGUCUGCAUAACCUGCGUUAAGGAGCCUCCUCCAACCUCUCCUCCUUAUCUGACGUUAGACGAGAGCAUUUAUAAGUUCAAGAAAGGAAAUUGGGAGGAUGACGACGAAGACACUGUGAUAACAACGCCGGCUCCCCGCAAGCGAAAAAAACAGAAGCAAAAGUUGAUUGAGAAAGAACCACCUUGCUUGUACCACAACGCGUGGUUUAGCUCAAAUUCGCAAUAUUUCGUAUUAGAAUGCUUGGGGCCUGGGGUCCCGACUAGUCAACUUUACAAGAACAGCAUGCCCAAACCGAAGCUGAUCAUGUGGCUGCAAAAUAACACAAAACUGAGGGAAAGAGUGAGCAGAAUGGCCAUGCCCCAAAUCAAGACCUUUCCCGUGCAGAUCUCUGGCGGCUAUCAGGCCCAUGUCAGAUUACAUUUGCCCCCCGGUCUAAGAGAGGACGAGAUAACAAGAUAUCCCCUGGUAGUGCAGGUGUAUGGCGGGCCUGGCAGCCAAUUAGUAACGGAACGGUGGAGAGUUGAUUGGAACACGUUUCUAACAGGUAACAAAGACUUCAUAAUAGCGCAAAUAGAUGGAAGAGGGUCGGGCGGACAAGGCCAUCAGCUUCUGCAUAAGGUCUACUACAAGCUUGGCUCAGUGGAAGUAGCAGAUCAAUUGGAAGUGACAGAGUAAGUCAAUUAUUCAAUUAACUCUUUAAAAUGCUGAUAACUUUUAUUUGUCUAACACUUUCUUUUAAGAAUCGCUCAGAAGCUGCAAUAACGCGUGACUCAUAUUCAACCCCAAUACAAAAUAAGUUAAGCAUUCAUCUAAAGUGGUUA